AGCACUUUCAGUUGUUUAUUAACGUCUAUUCCAUUAAUAUGACAGUUCCUGUGAUAAUUUUGUUGUUGGCAGUGAUUUUUUUCCUGGCAUUUAUUUUCACCACUCUUCGACAGAGAAGCUUAAGACAGCAUCCAAAUAAUAAUUAUCAUAUUCCACGACGAUGUUCCAAUAUUAAUUGUGCUCAACCUGUCGUUCAGACUACGACCUGUUCAAAUGUGAUAUAUACUAUUCCUACUAACGACCCUAAUAGAUUUUCAACAAACAUUUCCACGACACUUCGUCAUCAUUAUGACUUACCACCAAGUUAUGACCAAGUUGUGAUUCAAACGGUUCAAACGCCAUCGACUCCACCCACACAACCAAUAACUGCGCCUACACAAUUGCCAGAAAGACCACCAAAUUAUGCGGAAGUACCAAAAUAGUUCAAACUAACCCGAAUAACAUCACACUUCUCUUUUAUUAUUUUAUAUUCACAACAAUAAAAACAUUUUCAUUAAUAAUUUAUCACAAAAAUCGUUGAACUGUUUCUUCUCGGGAGAGUAUUUUCCAGCGACGAGAUAGUUGGAUUUUGUAUUGGUUGAGGAGUCAAUAAGGACAUUUUAAUUGCUUCGCUAUAUGCAGGGGGAAGAUCAUCUUUCGAAUUGGGCGAUGAAUUAGAUGCAUAGUUAAUGACUGUUUGUCUUUGUGCUCCUCUUUCUAUUGUGUAGACUGAUAUCCUACAAUCUCCAUUUUCUGCUCUAUUUUGUGCUACAAAAAUAAUCAAUCAUAAGAUAAUUUUAAUUAUUUCAAGUACUCCCAU